AUGCCCGUAGAAUGGACCUUCGCCAUCGAACGGAGGAGGGCGACCGCCGCGACCACCACGAUUAAAACCACCGCCGCCCCGGCCUCCGCGAUCUCCCCCAUAACCACCACCACCACGGCCGCCGCGGUCGCCCCGGAACCCGCCACCGCCGCCUCGAUCACCACGGAAACCGCCACCGCCGCCUCGAUCACCACGAAACCCACCACCACCGCCGCGGUCACCACGGAAUCCUCCUCCUCGGCCGCGGCCACGGUUCUCACCAUCGCCACGGCCGCGGCCACGGCCUCCACGUCCAGAGUCCGCCAUAGGAUGGAUUCAAAUUAG